GUUUUUUCCACCUUCAGCAUUAAGAAAAAAGUAUCAGAGAGCAGCGGCUCACACGAAGCUCCUUCACAAACACUGAAGGAUGAUUUUCCAUCAACGCUGACUGCAGGUGUGCAGAUUUAAGGUGAAUUAUUGAAGGUGGUAACAAUGACGACUAAGAAGCUGCUCAUUGAAACACUGAACCAGUUGAGUCCAGAGGACUUUGCUGAGUUCAAGUCAAUCACUGGAGUGGAGAAAAAGUUCAGAUUCUUCUUCAAGAGGAAACUGAAAGCAGAAAACACGCAGGAUGUAGUGGAGCUUAUGAAGAAGAAGUACGGCCAAGGGUGUGUGGAGGAGACCAGAAAGGCUUUAAUGAAGAUGAGCAGAACUGAUCUGGUGCAGAGAUUAUCAGACAAACAGUUUCCUGCACUGAGUCAGAGAGUAGAAACGAUGGAGUCUCUCAUUGAGCUGCUUUUGGAAACACUGGCUGAUCUGAGUGACAGCGAGUUUGAGGACCUCAAAGAGAUCCUCAGGAGGAACUGUGGCUUCUUACAACUGAUGGAGAUAGAGGAGUCAGACCUGCAGGACACAGUGUUUUCAAUGGUGCAGACUUAUGGCCACCAGUCAGUGAAGAAGAUCAUGGAGCUGUUAAAGGAUAUUGAGAGGAGUGAUCUGGCUCAGAGGCUGUCAGACUGCAGCUCAGAACCUAAAAAAAAACAUCUGGAUGAACAUCUGUCUGCAGUGAUCCACAAACAGCAACAGCAGCAUGAGUGUGAGCAAGGACUGAUGGAGGAAGAGCAGUACAGCUACACAGCCCCACCAGAGUUCAGCAGUCUUACAGCUUCAGGGAAGAAGCUGUUCCUCAGUCUGCUGGUCCUGCUCUUGAUGCUCCUCAGCCUCCUGCCUGAGAGGAAAAGUGUGUGUGCUGGGUGUGUGUAAUCCUUCAUGAUGCAGGUGGCCCUUUUUUCCUGCAUGUGGAGGUGUAAAUGUCUGUGGUGUCUGGAUGUUCAGUGUCUAAAACAGCUGCAACAACAUAAAUCUUUAAUUCUCUCAGUGAAACAACAUAUUUUCUUUAUGUUUACUUUGAAAUUUCCAGGUUGCAACAAUGGCAGCUGUUAAAGAGCUGCUUUUAGAAACACUGCAGGAUUUGAGUGAAAAGGAUUUCUGGGAAUUCAGGUGGUUUCUGAAGUUCACGUGUUUUCAGAAGAGUGUUCUGUAUGAGUAUCUGUGUAUAAAUGUG